AUGUCGACGAAUUCAAGCAAGCGCACAGUUACCGCCGCUAUCACCACUGGUUCGCCGGCAACCCCCACCUCCCUAUCAUCGGCGCACCACUUUGUGUCGCUGAAAUUAACAACAAGAAAUUUCCUCUUUUGGAGAACACAAAUGAUCCCCUUCCUCCGUGCCCAAGGCUUACUUGGUUAUGUAGAUGGCGAGCUGCCAUGUCCGCCGGCCGUUCUUCCUUCGACUACCGCCGGCGAUGAAGCCUCCGGAGCCACGGUCUCCGCCACCACCCCAAACCCAUCGUAUGCGUUUUGGGUCCAGCAAGAUCAAGCGAUCUUUUCGCUCCUCAUCUCUUCCCUUGCCGACGAGGUAAUGUAUUUGGCGGUGGGGCGCAAUACGUCGCGCGAGGUGUGGCUGUCUGUCACCGCGGCGUUGGGAUCGUCCACAAGGGCGCGUUGCCUGAAUCUCAUCGCUCAGUUCCAGAGCUUACGCCAGGGUGACAGUACGCCGGCCGAGUACCUCGGAAGAGCUCAGUUGAUCGUCGAGGACCUAGCUUUGGCCGGCCGUCCAAUGUCCUUAGACGAAUAG